UUAAACAAAGUAGGCACCAACGUUCAUUUGACACCGCAGUGUUUUGCUCCCGGAAAUGAGUACACCCUGAACCAAAAUAUCAUGAUCGUUGGUCACCGUUGCACACUUCGGCAUCAUUCGAUUACCCAUCUGGCUCCGAUUCUGCCGGGAACGUCGAGAUGGGCCAAGAUCGGACGUUUCUUUCGUACCCUUAUGCUAGUUUCACCGCAUCAUCCCGAAACUAAGAAAUAUCUCAAGAGCCACAACCAGAUAUCGAAAGAAAACAAACGGCAAGUUAGCAGUUAUCCGUCGUUUGUCAUCCACCCUUUCAGCUCUUUCCGUCAGUAUUGGGACAUGGUGGUGUUUUUUGCGUUAACGCUCCAUCUAGUCAUGCUGGCGUUUGAUUUCACUUUCCUGAUCUUUCAAGACGAAUACAAAUAUCAAGGAGCUAUAAGGUUCGAUUUGUUGCUGUGCGGUGUUCUGGCAGCGGAGGUUCUGCUGAAGUUUAUUACAGGGUUCGUGGUUAAAGAAACCAGUGAAAUAAUUUUGGAACCUAGGAAGAUUGCAAUGAACUACUUGAAGUAUGGAAGACUGGUUUACGAUCUGCUACGGGUCAUGCCGUACAUCAUGUUGUUGGACACAUUCAAUCGAGCCUACUAUCGAUACUCGGUUGAUAUUUAUUUAGCCUUCAUCAUCUAUCUGUACGUGAUCAAUAUCUUUCGUUACAAGGAAAUAUUUCAAUAUUUCAGUAUCUUCCCUAAAAUUCUACAUGCUGGUGAGAAAAAGAUUCUGGUCAUGAAACUGAUAAUGAACACCAUCUACGUAUUGCAUUGGAGUGCUUGUUUGCGAUACAUCCUACCGGAACUGACCAUCGUAAUGGAACCGAAAACCAUCGACAGUGACGUAUUGGGAUUGGUUCGCCAGGAAACUCAGGAGGAGAGAUUUAGCGUUGGUCACUUUCUUGUCGACGUUUACUGGCGCCAUUACCGAAAUGGAGACAGCAUUCAUUAUCCAGUGUCUGAAGGCCGAAUGACAGUUGAUCCCCCAAGCUUCGAAAUGUACACGCGUUAUUAUUUCCAAAAUCGCCCGGUCGAAAAGAGAAUGGUGGAUCGAAAUUUCGUUCUGAUGAAGCUGAAUGAUAUCCGGAAAAACUCCAGCAUAUUUGACAGAUAUAUGGGAAGUGUGAAAUCCACCGUGAAAAUCUGCUUGCAAUCCGGACGAGACGAAGAUGCGGGUAUCCAUUUCAUCAAUAAUAUUUUAACCUCCUUUCUUCUGUUGGGCGGUUGGAUAUGGUUCACCUACAUUAUGCUAAGCAUGGUUCAAUUGAUUGUGUCAUCCGAGAUGAGCCAAACGAAGUAUGAGGAGUUUGCGAACGAAAUACGAGCUUACGCAUUCAACAAACGGCUAAGUAACAAUUUCAAGGAUAGAAUGCUGAGCCACCUGGGUUAUCGGUAUAGGAGACACUAUUUCAAUUCGGAUGAUAUUUUGAAAAUUAUGUCGGAUAAUUUGAGAAGAAACGUACAGAUGGACAUUUGUCAUAAUUUGCUCAGAUAUGUGGAAAUGUUUCGUGGAUUACCAAAAACCAUAAUUGAAGACAUUGUAGAUCAUCUGAAGUACGAAAUCUAUCUGGAAGGCGAUAAGCUUAUCGAGGCCACAACACAAGGGGAUGCAAUGUAUUUCAUAGCCUACGGAACAGCUGCUGUAUACUCCGUUGAUGGUGUGGAGCUUGGUCAUCUGAUCGACGGAGCUCAUUUUGGAGAAAUGUCGGUGCUCAAUAAAGGAAAUCAACGGACGGCUACUAUCGUGGCCCUGGAGAAUUGUGAGGUUUAUAGAUUGACGUAUGAAACUUUUCAGAUGUUGAUUGAACCACAUCCACAUCUCCUGCUUGGAAUGCACAAACUAGCUGAGGAGCGGGUGGCAAAAGCAGACAAAGAUAGACAAACCUUGCCAGAGUCUGAGGUGUAUGAUAACUUCCUGCAAUGAAUCGAUCUUUAAUAAAUUCUACUACAAUA